AUGACCGGAAGAAAGAUGGAACUAUCACAAAAAUCUGAGAAAAUGAACAGUCUGGUAAAAGAACAGGUCGACAUGAUCAAACAGAGUCAGGAGAAACUUCACAAUCUUGUUGAAAACAUUAACGACUCCGAAAAUGAGAUUGAUCUAAGCACAGUUGAAUCAGUAAAAGACAUCGUCAAAAAAAGCGAAACCUUGAUCGUUCUAGUCCAGGUGAUCGUCAAAGUACGGAACGAGCUUGGUCAUGCGCGCUUAGAUUUAGAAAAGGCAAAGAAAGCGAAAAAAAUGGUGAAAGAAGCGAAGAACAGGUUAGAAUGGCUUGAAAAGAGACUAGAAAAGUUGCUUGUAGAGUGUCACGAGAAAGCCAACCAUCUGCUAAAAUCCGCAACAGUCAGUUCACUUGGUGAAUCACUGGCUCAAACACAUCUCUCCGGUAACAAAAAUGAACGAUUCACCCCGUCACAAUGCGAGAGACUGUUCUCUGAUGUCGGCGGUUACUGUGUUAAAACCCCAGAAGUAUGUCACAGUGAAAAACGUAACUGUUAUAACGUGACAAAAAACGUCUUAGAUAUGAGCCAGAGAUUGAUAGAACAAGAUGAUAAAAAUUAUUUCAAUGAAGAAGAAAGUUCUACAUCGUUUGGAAAUGUUUCAUAUCCUGAUCGUAACGAAACUAAGCAUAGCGUUGCAGACGACAAUAAUUCUUAUUUGACUGGCCCGAUAGCAACGUUCAAACGAGGUCUCCAAAUUUCAUGGCACUCUCUUGGGCUUCCUGUCCAAGAUAGCUUUAUUGCUAAAGAACGGCCAGUCUUUACUCCUGAUCUUCCUUGGAAAGAAAAGGCAACUCAGGUCAACAGCGUUCUUGAUAUACACAAAAUAGCUCUAGACAAAUUGUACGCAAGACUUCACCACAUGUAUGAGGUGAUAGAGAAGGCAACCGAGGCGUCGAUAAAACCUGUGCUGAAAAAUGACAAGAUUGAAGCUCGAAUGAGAAAUAUUGAAAGUGCAACAAGAAUUCAGAGGGAGAUCAGUAAAGACAUGAUCCCAGAAGAUAGCGCUCAUAAGAAAUCCGAUGAUUUUGAAGAGAAGCUUCCAAAAUUAGAUCAAGAUAAUGUUCCUGUGCGCCAAAUUGAUGCUAAAGGAAAAGGUUCAGUGAAGAUGCCACGUCUAGUUUUUCCUCGGAACUCAAACGUCUGGUGUGCCAGCAAAGCAAGUGCAGGGGGAAGAGUCGUGAAGAAAAUCAAGACAAAACCUCCAACACAACAGAGCAAAACACAAGCUAUACUUGCCAGGAAAAUGUUAGAAAACAACGAAGCUAAUACCGAUGAGAUGAAAAAACAAGAGGCUAUGAUUUGGAGACCUUCCAUAGUUUACAAGAUGGUCAAAGCAACUAAAGUUCUCAAGAUAUUCCAGGCGCAAUUACAACAAUACAAUGCCACCCGCAAAUGUGAUCAGAAAUGGAAUAGAGUUGAGUGGUUGUUAGGUCCAAAUGGCUUACUUUCACCAACGAAAAAGACUGUCAUUGACUCAUUAAAGGCUCUGAGUGAACUCCGUUGCUCUGAAGAGGAAGUGGGAGCAGCUAUCAAAACAUUUUUGCGCGAAAGCAAAGAUCCACGAAUUUUGUACGAAGCAAGCAAGGCUUUGAUUCUGUCAGGUCACUGGCAUUCCUCAGCUAUUGAGAUUCUUCAAAAUGCACUUAAAUUUGGAUCAAAAAGCUUGAAACAAGAAAUACUAGAUGUUUUGUGUUCUGUCGACAACAUACCCUUUUUUGACAAGAAAGCUCAACCAUUCCAAGAAACCUUAGAUGUCUUAGAAGAUCUUAUCCAAGGCAACGACCCCAGCUUAGCAUUUUCCAGCGCGUUAUGUUUGGGUAGAUUGUUCGUUGUCCAUCCCGUUGCCAAAAGAUAUUUACUUGGCGUUAUCAAAACUAAUUCAUUGAUUUCAACACAGCGCUGUCAGGCCUUGAAUGUUUUGGUUCGUCAAAUGAACAGUAAAGAUAAAAUUGUCGUCGAAUCUUUGCUACACGAAUUAAGCACUUCAGUUAGUUGGAAGGUUCGCGUACAGGCUUGUGAUCUAUUGAUGUUUGUUGGAAAUCGUCAUGUCCUGGCGAAAGACGUCGAUGAGAUAUUUCAGAUCUUAGAGCGACUACUUUGGGAUCAUGCGCAUCAAGUAGUUAGAUCAAAAGUUGCAGAAUUAUUGAAUACAUUGAGAUUAAGAAACAAAGCCUGUAGCCUCGUCCAUAGGCGUCUUGAUGAUCCAGAAGAUACUGUACGCGCACGAGCGAUCAUAUCAAUGGCGACUUUGGAAAUGAAAGGAGAAAAGGAGCUUAAAUCUCUUCUGGAUAUCUUAGCGCUGGACUCCAGUGUUUACGCCAGAAUACAGGCUGUACGGGCGUUCAGCAAAUUGAAGUGGGAUGAUCCGAGAGUUUUAAGGAGUUUGAGGGAAAGAGAAAGAGGUGAAGGAAUAUUAGCGAGGGAGGCAAAGAAAGCUCUUGAGCAGUUGACAGGAAAAGGAAAAUAGAUCUUCUCAAAAUAAACAUGAAAAUUGUUGCACUAAAACACUAUAGAUAUAAACAAAAUUUAGACCUACAUUAAUAUAGGUGCAAUCGUUUAGUUACAUGGACUAACAAUGUCAGCUAUUAGGAAAUUAUUUUAAUGAAUAAACAUUAUACAAACCUUGUGAUGUGACUUAUAAAAUUUAA